AUGUCUACCAACGCCGUCGGUAUCGAUUUGGGUACCACCUACUCUUGUGUCGGUGUCUUCCGUGAAGACCGUUGCGACAUCAUCGCCAACGACCAGGGUAACCGUACCACUCCUUCUUUCGUCGCUUUCACCGACACCGAGCGUCUGAUUGGUGAUGCCGCCAAGAACCAGGUCGCCAUGAACCCCAACAACACCGUCUUCGACGCCAAGCGUCUCAUUGGCCGCAAGUUCUCCGAUGCUGAGGUCCAGGCCGAUAUGAAGCACUUCCCCUUCAAGGUCAUUGACAAGGGUGGCAAGCCCAUUGUCGAGGUUGAGUUCAAGGGCGAGAACAAGACCUUCACCCCUGAGGAAAUCUCUUCCAUGAUCCUCAUCAAGAUGCGCGAGACUGCUGAGGCUUACCUCGGUGGCACCGUCAACAACGCUGUCAUCACUGUCCCCGCCUACUUCAACGACUCUCAGCGUCAGGCUACCAAGGAUGCCGGUCUCAUUGCUGGCCUCAACGUCCUCCGUAUCAUCAACGAGCCUACUGCCGCUGCCAUUGCCUACGGUCUUGACAAGAAGAUCUCCGGCGAGCGCAACGUCCUCAUCUUCGAUCUUGGUGGUGGUACCUUCGAUGUUUCUCUCCUCACCAUUGAGGAGGGUAUCUUUGAGGUCAAGUCCACUGCUGGUGACACCCACUUGGGUGGUGAAGACUUCGACAACCGUCUCGUUAACCACUUUGCUAACGAAUUCAAACGCAAGAGCAAAAAAGAUCUGACAUCAAACAACCGUGCCAUGCGCCGUCUCCGCACUGCUUGCGAGCGUGCCAAGCGUACCCUUUCUUCCUCCGCUCAGACCUCCAUUGAGAUCGACUCUCUCUUCGAGGGUAUCGACUUCUACACCUCCAUCACCCGUGCUCGUUUCGAAGAGCUUUGCCAGGACCUCUUCCGCUCUACCAUCCAGCCCGUCGACCGUGUCCUUGCUGACGCCAAGAUCGACAAGAGCCAGGUCCACGAGAUUGUUCUCGUCGGUGGUUCCACCCGUAUCCCCCGCAUCCAGAAGCUCAUUACCGACUACUUCAACGGCAAGGAGCCCAACAAGUCCAUCAACCCCGAUGAGGCUGUUGCUUACGGUGCUGCCGUCCAGGCUGCUAUCCUGUCUGGUGACACCACCUCCACCUCCACCAAGGAAAUCCUCCUCCUUGAUGUCGCUCCCCUCUCUCUCGGUAUCGAGACUGCUGGUGGUAUGAUGACCAAGCUGAUCCCCCGCAACACCACCGUUCCCACCAAGAAGUCCGAGGUCUUCUCUACCUUCUCUGACAACCAGCCCGGUGUCCUUAUCCAGGUCUACGAGGGUGAGCGUCAGCGCACCAAGGACAACAACUUGCUCGGCAAGUUCGAGCUCACUGGCAUCCCCCCUGCCCCCCGUGGUGUUCCCCAGAUUGAGGUCACCUUCGAUGUUGAUGCCAACGGUAUCAUGAACGUCUCCGCCGUCGAGAAGGGUACUGGCAAGUCCAAUAAGAUUGUCAUCACCAACGACAAGGGCCGCCUCUCCAAGGAGGACAUUGAGCAGAUGCUUGCUGAUGCUGAGAAGUACAAGGAGGAAGACGAGAAGGAGGGCCAGCGUGUCGCUGCCAAGAACGGCCUUGAGUCUUACGCCUACUCUCUCCGCAACACUCUCUCCGACCCCAAGGUCGACGAGAAGAUUGAGGCCGCCGACAAGGAGACCCUCACCAAGAAGAUCGAUGAGAUCGUCUCUUGGCUCGACGACAGCCAGUCUGCCUCCAAGGAGGAGUACGAGGAGCACCAGAAGGAGCUCGAGGCUGUCGCCAACCCCAUCAUGAUGAAGUUCUACGGAGCUGGUGGUGAGGGUGGUAUGCCCGGUGGCAUGCCCGGUGGCCCUGGUGGCUUCCCCGGUGCCGGUGGCGCUCCUCCCGCUGAGGAUGCCUCUGGCCCUACCGUCGAGGAGGUCGACUAA